AAAUAUAGAAGGCGCGUAAUACACAUUUCAUUCCCACACUUUUUUUUCUCCAAAAUUUUCUCUCCACUUUCACAAGUCGCGCCAUAACACCCCACUCCUUCUUUCAAUCUUUCAUCCCAUCAAAAAAUCCCAAAAUCAGUUUCAUCUUUCUUCCCCAAAGUCAUGGCUUUCUUCAGAAAACUUAAUUGCAUCUUUCUUCCCUAAACCCUAAUCCCCAAAUUAGUUUGUUACCAUCCUCUGUUGUAAGCUUUCUCAAUCAGUUCGAAUUCUCCAUACACACAAUCUACUGUGCUUUUUGUCCCUCACGAUUUGAAGAUGUGAAGUCUGCAAUUGGUUAGUGAGACAUGAUUUUACUAUUUAUAAAUAACUAUAUUUUUCUAUAAUUUUUUUAAUAAAGUUAAAAGCCAUAAGUUGUUCCAAAAGCUUCCGCGGUUGAUUAUUAGGUUAAAUAUGUUAGAAUUUCUUUAUGACUGGUGUAGGAACUGUGUAUACAUAUUUUCUUUGAUUUUGGAAAAUUUGAGUUGAAAUUGAAUUGCCUAGAGGUCAUAAGCUGUCAGUGAGUUGUUUUGGGAAUUUUGCCUUAAAUGACUAAGUUGUGGAUUAAUGCAUAUACUGAUGAUGCUAUUGGAAAACUAUAUGGUGCUGAGCACUCGGGUCGAGUACGCGGUUUGGGUUUGGGGGUUUGUCCAACUAUUGCUUUUGGAAAGCGUAGGCAUUUCACAGAUUUUAUUCAAGCUGGUAGCUCUAAUGAAAAGAAUGUUGAAGACUUACAGAAGCAAGUAGAAAGUUUGGGAGAAAAACUAAUUGGAUAUGAAAAGACUAAGGAACAGCUUACACAGGCUCCAGAGAAGCUUACAAAAACAACUGAGCAACUUACACAAACGACCGGUCAACUUGAACAAACGCAAUAUCAUUUGGCAAUUAUGGAAAAGUUCAUGCAGCAUAAAUUUGGUGAUGAGUUGUCUAUGUUCAUCAAUAAUGUUCCUCCAUCUUAGUUUUCACUUAUCAAUGUUGCACUCUAGCUUUUCACAAGUACUAUAUAAUUUAUUUUUUGAAGUUAAGUAGUUGGAGUAUUAUAAUUGUUAAUUAGUUUAUCUUUAUGUUGGGGUCAACUUUUGUUAGUUUUUUUUUUUUUUGUUACAUCAACUUUUGUUAGUUUUUU